GCUGCAGUGACAGAAAAAAGGAGGCCGCGACGAGCUGAGCCUGGAGGGUCUGGAGGUUCUGGAGGUUCUGGAGGUUCUGGAGGGUCUGGAGGGUCCGCCAGGCACCCAGAGACCUUUUCUUCUCCUCCGCGUGUGAUUUGAAAGCGUUCCGUGUCUCUCUUCACCGAAUAGCAGAAGUGCGGCGGCUCGGGCGUGGCCUCGCGGCGCGGCGCUCAUUCGAGGUCGUCGGGGAAGUGGAGAGGCGCUCGCCUGCGGACGCUGGUUUGUGUUCGACCGUUCCUCCUCGACGUGAAGCUACUGUCGGCCGGUCGCGCUUCUCAGGUUUUGGGAUGUGAACCGACAACCUGUCCGAGACGCUCGAGGUCUGAGGCGGCGACGGGCGCCGAGGCCGGAGGAACCGAGGGGAUCCGUGACAUGUGCAGCGGCCACGAGAAGCCACGAAGCCAAGGAGACAAGGAGACAAGGAGACAAGGAGCCACGAAGGCAAGGAGCCAAGGAGCCACGGGGCCAAGGAGCCACAGAGACAAGGAGACAAGGAGCCAAGGAGCCACAAAGGCAAGGAGACAAGGACACAAGGAGACAAGGACACAGGGAGCCACAGGGACCGAGUUAAACGGGAGCGAUGAGGAGGGUCCGGAGGAAGAUCGGGAACAAGGAGAAGGUGUUCGGGUGUGAUCUGAUGGAGCACCUGAACGCCUCCUCUCAGGAGAUUCCUCAGGUCCUGCAGAGCUGCAGUGAGUUUGUGGAGAGGCACGGCGUGGUGGACGGCAUCUACCGGCUGUCGGGGGUCUCGUCCAACACACAGAGGCUCCGGGGGGAGUUUGAGAGCGACGGGGGUCCGGACCUGAACAAGGACCUGUACCUGCAGGACAUCCACUGCGUCAGCUCUCUGUGUAAAGCUUAUUUCAGAGAGCUGCCCAACCCGCUGCUCACGUACCAGCUGUACGACAAGUUCGCCGAGGCGGUGGCCCUCCAGCUGGAGGAGGAGCGGCUGGUGAAGAUCAGAGAUGUGCUGAAGGAGCUGCCGCCCCCCCACCACAGGACUCUGGAGUUCCUGAUGCGCCACCUGGUCCGGAUGGCCUCGUUCAGCCCAGAGACCAGCAUGCACUGCAGGAACCUGGCCAUCGUCUGGGCCCCCAACCUGCUCAGGUCAAAGGACAUCGAGACCUCCGGGUUCAGCGGCACGGCGGCCUUCAUGGAGGUCAGAGUUCAGUCCAUCGUGGUGGAGUUCAUCCUCACACACGUCCCCCAGCUGUUCCCCGCCCCAGGUGAGUCCGUUGAAAGAAGGAAGUCCCUCCCCUCCCCGACGGCCAAUCAGGAGGAAGGGCUCUUCAAGGCCCCGCCCACUCAUCCGCCCCCCCACUUCGGUCUCAUCAGUCCGGGGGGCGGUCCUCCGGCCAUGAGGCCGUACCACGCCGUCAUCGAGGGCACCGACAAGAGGAAAGGAUCUCUCAAAGGAAGGAAGUGGAUGUCCAUCUUCCACAUCGGGGGACGCUUCCCCGACGCCCGGCGGAGGCACAAGCACUCCUCCAAAGAGAAAGAGCCGACGGCUCUGAGACCAGCGAGGAGCAUGGACUCCCUCAGCAUGUCGCCCUUCACCAACCAAGGUUCCAGGCCCCCCCCCACCGCCCGGCCCCCCCUCCUCGGCCCCUCCCCCGAGGCUGCGGCCUCCAGCGGCGGCAGCGAGUACGCCGUGACGUACCGCCGGGGCACGGGGCUGGUGAGCGGGGGGGCGGGCACCCAGGGCACCUACACCUGUCUGGAUCCCGAGGGUCAGGGCCCGGGCGAGGCCCCCCGGUCCGGGGCCAGUCCGGGGCUGAGCGCCAAGGGCCGGCGGGCGGCCAUGCACAUCACGGGCCCCACCAUGGUGACGGUGCCGCUGCACAUCACCUCCAACCUGGCGCUCGGCGUGCUGCAGGGAGGCGGGGCCGGCCGGGUGGCGGAGGGAGAGGUGAAAGGUCGCAGAGGGAAGGAGACGGACGGGGAAGAGAAGGCGGCAGGAGGAGGAGGAGAGGAAGCAAGGGAAGGAAAGAAGAAGGAGGAGGAGGUCAGAGGUGAAUGUAGGAAGCCGGAGAUGGAAGGUGGAGGCGUGUCCAAAGAGCCGCGAGCACAAAGCCCCGUCUCCAACGGCGAGGAAAAUAAUGACGUCGACGAAUACAUGGACAUGGAAGGCAGGAAGCCGAUUGGCUGUCGGCCAGAGGCCUCCGACGUCCUCAAUUCCACGGGAGUCGAGGAGGCCCAGGAAGAGGACCAGGAGGAGGACCAAGAGGCCCAGGAGGAGGCCCAGGAGGAGGCCCAGGAGGAGGCCCAGGAGGAGGACCAGGAGCUGGCGGGCUAUGUUCAGGACAACUUUGAGUUCCUGGACCACCUGGACUGCAGCGCCCCCCCUCAGGCGGACGAGUUCUCCGUCGAGCCUCCGGAUCACUCGGACGACGAGUACGAAGUCAUGCAGCCGGCUCCUCCUGCGCAGCUGCAGACGGAGCUGCAGUCGGAGCUGCAGUCGGAGCUGCAGACGGAGAUGCAGACACAGCUGCAGACGGAGCUGCAGUCGGAGCUGCAGACGGAGAUGAAGAGGGAGAUGCAGACACAGCUGCAGACGGAGCUGCAGACGGAGAUGAAGAGGGAGAUGCAGACACAGCUGCAGACGGAGCUGCAGUCGGAGAUGAAGAGGGAGAUGCAGACACAGCUGCAGUCAGAGCUGCAGUCGGAGCUGCAGAUGGAGAUGCAGACACAGCUGCAGACGGAGCUGCAGACGGAGAUGAAGAGGGAGAUGCAGACACAGCUGCAGACGGAGCUGCAGUCGGAGCUGCAGUCGGAGCUGCAGACGGAGAUGCAGACACAGCUGCAGACGGAGAUGCAGACACAGCUGCAGACGGAGCUGCAGACGGAGCUGCAGACGGAGAUGCAGACACAGCUGCAGACGGAGCUGCAGUCGGAGCUGCAGACGGAGAUGCAGACGGAGAUGCAGAUACAGCUGCAGACGGAGCUGCAGACGGAGCUGCAGACGGAGAUGCAGACACAGCUGCAGACGGAGCUGCAGACGGAGAUGCAGACACAGCUGCAGUCGGAGCUGCAGACGGAGCUGCAGACGGAGAUGAAGAGGGAGAUGCAGACGGAGCUGCAGUCGGAGCUGCAGACGGAGCUGCAGACGGAGAUGCAGACACAGCUGCAGACGGAGCUGCAGACGGAGAUGCAGACACAGCUGCAGACGGAGCUGCAGACGGAGAUGCAGACACAGCUGCAGACGGAGCUGCAGACGGAGCUGCAGACAGAGCUGCAGUCGGAGCUGCAGUCGGGCCCCGACCCGACCGGGUCGACGCCUCGCAGGCCGCUCAGCGUGGACUCACAGAGCCGACACACCAAGUCGCUCAGCUUGCCUCACAUGACGUCGCCCACCUUCGGUUCGGAGGAGUCGAGCUCUGAGGAGGAGGAGGAGGAGGAGGAAGAGGAGGAGGAGGAGGAGGAGAGCUUGUUUUCUCAGAGCCUCCCCGCCAGUUUCUUUUUAGGGAACUCGUUCUUUGACGCGGCUCCUGGACGACGGACUCCAGACGAGUCUUCUUCAUCGUCUUCAUUUAAAGAAGCGGCGGCCGGAGACGAGGAGCAGGAGGGAGGGAAAGAAGAGGGGGAUGAAGAUGGACUGAGAGAAGAGGAGAUGACAAAGAAGGGAGAGGAAGACCAACCGGAAGACAACAUGCAGAGCGAAGCAUCGGAGGAGGACUCUCAAUUUGACAAAGAACCACCUCCAACUCCACCUCCUCCACAUCCUCCACUUCUGGAGGCUCCGACCCAAGCCGGCGAGGAAUCGAGUGCCGAGGCCGACCUGAACGAGGAGGAGGAAGAGGAAGAAAAGGAGGAGGAAGAAGAGGAGGAGGCGCCGGCCGUGUUGGAUCGUCCACCUUGUCGUGAAGUUCCUCGUCCGAAGCAAAAAGACAUCGGGGAAAUCUCUGUGGAGGAGUCGGGAGCAACGAAGGACAGAGGACGCGACGAGGGAGAGGACACGAAGGUAAAGGAAGAGAUGGAGGACGCGUGUCAAGGACCGGUGCUAGAGAGGAAAGGAAACGAGGGAAGCACGUGGGAAGAACCCCCCAAGGGAGGAGGAGGUGACCCAAAGCAGGACGGUUCAGUGCGGAGCACCGGAGGAGGAACCGGUGGUGGACUCGAGUGUGAAGACACCGAGGUCGAGGAAAGGAAGCAGGUCGAGGAGAAGGAAGCAAGUGUUGACGGGGAGGAAGCCACGAUCAAAGGAGUCGGAGUCGGAGAAGAAGAAUUGCCGUUGGCAAAGGUCUCAGGAGAGGAGACGCUGGACGUUGACGAAGGAAGGAGGAACGAGGAGGCAGGGGUCAGAGUCGAGGCCGCGGAGGAAUCAAGGAGCCAGGAAUCGAGAACCGAGGACAAGUGCACGGAGCCAGAGGUGCAGCGAGGGUUUGAGGAAAAGGAGGCGAGCUCACCGGAGACAAGUGAACGAGGGAAGCGUCCCGACGGAGAGGAGGCGGGGUCAAAAGAGAGAGAGCUCGGUGACGGAGGGCGAGACGCCGGGCCGCCGAAGGAAGUCCCAAGGGACGACAGGAAGUGGACGGAGGAGAUUGGUGGCGGCGGCGGUGGCGGCGGUGGCAGCAGCAGCAGCAGCGUCGGCGGUGGCGGUGGCGGCAGCGGCGGCGGUGGCGGUGAUAGCGGCGGCGGCGGCCGUGGGGCAGUAGGGAGGACGGUGGUCACCUCCAGACACCCGAAGGUUUACCAGGCGAGGGCGGUGCCGGUCGUGCCUCCGAAGCCGCAGCACUGCAAAGUCACCGCCAUGAGCCUCCGGCAGCGGCAGCAGCAGCACGGCGGCGGCGGCGGCGGCGGUGGGGAAAUGGCGUCGAGAGUCCCGACGGAGCACGAGAAGGUCAUCGAGGGCGAAGACGAGGGCAAGGGGAGGAAGGAGAGGAGGAGGGGGGACGGGGAGGAGAACGCCGCCGGGGACCCCAGCAGGGACAGUCCUCUCAGCAUGUGCUUCGACGAGGCCGUCGCCAUGGCGACCAUGAGGCGGGAGAGAGAGAGGCAGAGGGGGAAUGAAGGACAGUGAAGUGAGGCGACAACAAUCAUUCAUAAUAAUUGAAGAAGUAUUAUUUUUAUUAGUGAACACUGCGUGAAGUUAAAUAAAAGUGAAGGAUGAUGAAUAUAAACGUCUGCAAAAAAUAAAGUGAUUUGUUUUGAAUACAGCUCUCUGAUUACACAAUACUUUGGAGUUAUAUAAAGUGUAAUUUAUGAAUACAGGGUAUAUAAGUACGUGGUUCAAUGGUUAAAUGGUUAAAUGGUAGAUUUGAAAGAGGAUGGAUGAUGAAUAUAAUGUCAAGGUUAUUUCUUGUUCUGGGGAAUAAAACAAUGUUUUUAAUGUU